UGAAAUCCAUAUUUUAUGGCUUCUGGCCUCUGGGUAAGGACUCAAGUACUGUUAUUUUCCUUUUGCUCCAAAUGUUUUCCUUUGUUUCUGGAUCCAGCUGUGCUGCAUGCCCGCUGCUACUCUCACGGGUCACAAGAGUCAGAUGAAGAAUUCGAUGCUCGCUGGGUGACGUAUUUCAACAAGCCAGAUAUUGAUGCCUGGGAGCUCAGGAAAGGCAUAAACACACUGGUGGGUUACGACCUGGUCCCAGAACCAAAAAUCAUUGACGCGGCUCUGAGGGCCUGCAGACGGUUAAAUGACUUUGCCAGCACUGUCCGCAUCCUGGAGGUUGUAAAGGACAAGGCAGGACCUCACAAGGAAAUCUAUCCUUACGUUAUCCAGGAGCUUAGACCAACUUUGAGUGAACUGGGAAUCUCCACUCCAGAGGAACUGGGCCUGGACAAAGCAUAAACUUUAUUGGUGCAUUACUCAAGUGUUUUACUGAUGCUACCUGAUUGUACACAGUCACCUGGAGACACAAACCUUAAAUCUUAUCUGAAAUAACUUCUUCCUUUAUUGAGUCGCAGUGUAAGUGCUGUGGAGUUGGACCUAAUAAAGGAAAAACUGGUUUGACUGA